CCCAGGCCCAGCGCGGGUGCCCAGAGCGUCCCGACUCGCUUCAAGAAGCCGGCAAUGUAGGAUCCAAAGCUUUUCUACUCCCGUGUUUUCUUUCCGUGUUUUUUUUUAAGGGGGAAACCGGGUGGUGGGCAGUCUGACACGCACACAACCUGCCUUCAUACUCUGACAAAAGCAGAUGCACUUUGACUUCUGACAGCUCUACCUCAAGCUGGAGAGAACCCAGCUUUCCCGAAUCCUGAGCUCUCUGCGUCUUCCUUUUCGUCUGUUUCCAUUUUAUUUAUUUACGUCCCGCCGCCUCUCUGGGUGACCUUCACUCCUUCGCGGGCUUUGGGCAGAAGAGCCGCUUUCUUGCCCGCUUGAGACUGAUUUUCCUCGCCUGGUGAGCGGAGGUGGCGCUGCUCCACCCCGCUGCCCCGGGACUCCGGGGCUGCCCUCUACCAGCCUGGUCUCUCCCUCUUUUAAUUUGACAGUACGGGUUUUUGCUUUCCCGAGUGCAGCGGGUUUCUUCUUUUUGGAGGAGCUGGUUGUCUUCAGAAGUCAUCCCCUGGACUCUAAUUGCCCUGUCGCUCCGGGCCUCACCGGACCAAACCAAAGACCAUGGUGCACUGUGCGGGCUGCAAAAGGCCCAUUCUGGACCGUUUCCUCUUGAACGUGCUGGACAGGGCCUGGCACGUCAAGUGCGUCCAGUGCUGUGAAUGUAAAUGCAACCUGACCGAGAAGUGCUUCUCCCGGGAAGGCAAGCUCUACUGUAAAAACGACUUCUUCCGAUGUUUCGGUACCAAAUGCGCGGGUUGUGCGCAGGGCAUCUCUCCAAGCGAUCUGGUUCGGAGAGCGCGAAGCAAAGUGUUUCACCUCAACUGCUUCACCUGCAUGAUGUGUAACAAGCAGCUCUCCACGGGCGAGGAGCUCUACAUCAUCGAUGAGAACAAGUUCGUUUGUAAAGAGGAUUACCUGAGUAACAGCAGUGUCGCCAAAGAGAACAGCCUCCACUCGGCCACCACAGGCAGUGACCCUAGUUUAUCUCCGGAUUCCCAAGAUCCAUCGCAGGAUGAUGCCAAGGACUCUGAAAGUGCCAACGUAUCGGAUAAGGAAGGUGGUAGCAAUGAGAACGAUGACCAGAACCUAGGUGCCAAGCGCAGGGGACCACGGACCACGAUCAAAGCCAAGCAACUGGAGACCUUGAAGGCAGCCUUUGCAGCUACGCCCAAGCCCACGCGCCAUAUCCGCGAGCAAUUGGCCCAGGAGACUGGCCUCAACAUGCGUGUUAUCCAGGUGUGGUUCCAGAAUCGACGCUCCAAGGAGCGGAGGAUGAAGCAGCUAAGCGCGCUGGGUGCGCGGCGCCACGCCUUUUUCCGCAGUCCUCGCCGUAUGCGGCCUCUGGUGGACCGCUUGGAGCCGGGCGAACUCAUCCCCAACGGCCCCUUCUCCUUUUAUGGAGAUUACCAGAGUGAGUACUACGGUCCUGGAGGCAACUACGACUUCUUCCCGCAAGGACCACCGUCCUCGCAGGCCCAGACACCAGUGGACCUACCCUUUGUGCCAUCAUCUGGGCCUUCGGGGACGCCCCUUGGAGGUCUGGACCACCCGCUGCCUGGCCACCAUCCUUCCAGCGAGGCGCAGCGAUUCACUGACAUCCUGGCACAUCCCCCAGGGGACUCGCCUAGUCCUGAGCCCAACUUGCCCGGGCCUCUCCACUCCAUGUCUGCGGAGGUCUUUGGGCCCAGUCCACCUUUCUCAUCUCUGUCCGUCAAUGGUGGAGCCAGCUACGGGAAUCACUUGUCUCACCCUCCUGAAAUGAAUGAGGCAGCCGUGUGGUAGCGGGGUCUCGCAUGGGCCACGGGAGCUCGUGGUUGUACAGAGACGAGCUUUUAUUUCAGAAAAUAGGAGAUUAAAAAAAAAACAUUAAAAAAAAAAAAAAAAAGCAAGCCUCCUGCUCCACUUCCUUCAGCCUCGGGGACCAUUCUUUUUUGGGGAGACUGGAUGGCAAAGGGGUCCAAAACAGGAUCCAAAUCCGCCUGGCAGUAGAGCUGGUAUAUCCACACAGCGGCUGACAAAGCGCAGAACUGGGGCUCCGGAAGGGGAAUUCCGAGGCAUCCCCACCUUCGCGACCUGGAUCUGGAUCCAUGGACAGACUCCACCAGCGGUUCCUCUGGCUAACGGGAAGACGUCUUAGACAGCCUCGCUCAGUCCUGGGCAAUGCCAGGAGCCUGGGGAGGGAGACCUACCUAGAAGCGCUCUGCCAGAUGAGGAAGGAAAAGAUGUCAGGGGCGCUCCAGUCCAGAGGGCUCUAGUUCUAGUUCUGGGAGAUCCCUUCUUAGUGUUGUCUCAGAGUUCAGCGAUGACAACAAACUCUUAAUAGCUUCAGAAACACCGACCUGCUGUGCAUCAGGUGGGACUAUAUAUAUAUAUAUUUUUUGUCUAUCCGGGUUUUUGAUUUUUGUUUUCGCCAAAAUUGCAAAAUUCUAAAUGUAAAGCCCUCAGUAUCAACUAUUCUACCUUCAUCUCUCUCUCUCUUUCUCUUUCUCUCUCUCUCUCUCUCUCUCUCUCUCUCUCUCUCUCUCUCCCUCCCCUCACACACACCCCCACACACACACACACACACACACACACACACACACACACACACACACACUCACUCACACUCAACUUCUUUCCACAGUAGGGUCUCCCGCCAGACCUCUUAGUAAAAUGACUUGAACCUCACCUCUACAAAAAAGUAUUCUACCUUUACAUGAAAGUUAAAAAAAAAAAAAAAGACUAUUGAACUAAAAACAGUCAACUGUUUACGUAUAAUGUUAAAUUCAGGAGUUCAGUGUUUUAAUAAUAUAUCCUGUUUUGAAACCUCUUGUUCAAAAACAAAAUGUUUUGAGCAAUCAACCAAAAUUGUUCCUUUUCUUUUCCUGUAGAUGUUCUGACAGGUUUGCAGGGCUUGCGGCUCACUGUGCUAGUAUGUAAAAAAGGUGUUGUUUACACGAGGCAAAGGGAAAACAUGAUAUUCAGACAGUUGCCAAAUAGAAUAAACUAUAGCACAAUUACUGUAAUGGUUGCCUGGCACCAGCAACCUGAGAAAGUGUUUUAAAAAAAGUGUUACAAGGUUUAAAAAAAAAAACAUCUUUGCUAACUUUUAGUCCUGUUAAACAUUCAUGAAAUUGUUAAUAUGACUUAUAUAGACCCACACAGGUUUUAUUUUUGUGUCUUUAAAAUAAAAGUCCAAAAUAUUUAAAUUUUAUGGUCAAAUAUGCAGUCAACAGCUGCUACUUUUUCCUUUAUAUAUUAAAUUUCUCAUAUGUCUUUUAUUGUUCUAAUAAACCUAAGCUUGUGUGACCUCCAGUGCAUAUUAGACCAUUCACUGUAUGAAAGAAAACAUGUUGAACAAAUUUGUGAGUUUUUAAUAAAAAUAGAAAACCUGA